UCUGCCCAUAUAAAUCUGAACUCGCAUCAUAAUCUGUUAUUUAAAUUAGAUAAUUAAAUAAAGGCAUGUAUUAACUCUUAAUCUGUAUUGCUGCAUCACAAACAAGGUUUUAAUUGUGAAUAAUCGCUUGUAAUGUCAUUCUGUGCAGUUAAUUGUGGGAUAAUGGAUUGAGCUAGGGCUUGGCAGAUGUGCGUAUGAUAAAAUUCCCCAUGAGGGGUUUUACAAAGUUUGCUGCACUUGCUGGUUCAGUGCAUUUAGUCUGUGACCAGAGGUGUAAAGAGUACCUGAAAACCAUACUCGAGUAAAAGUACACCUUACAGCCAAAAUGAUUCCAUUACAAGUCACAAAUGGUGUGCAUCUUCAGACAAAAAAUGGCACUGGCAUAUUUUAAGAUAUGUCAGUGCAAGUUACUUUCAGUUAAAAUAGCUUAAACAUGUAUUUUAUUUUAUUUUUACUGAUAGAGUUUCUGAUUUUAACAAUACCUAAGUAUUUUACUCAGACUGAAUUUAUGUGCAGAUAUGCACUAGUCCUCAUCACCUAAGAGACAUGCCAGUGGAAAACAAGAAAUUUGCGAGUAGAGCAAUUACGUUUAUUUUCUAAAAUUGAAAUAAAACCGAACACCUCAAAAUGGCAAUAAAUCACGGUUGACGCAACAGCCUCUUGAUUGCUACAAACAGUCAAGUAUCAGUCAAGUUCAAGUGCUCUAAAAGGGUAUAUAUAAAUAUCCUUCAAAAAGUUCUCUUCAUUAUAAUGGAUAGGCCUUAAAGCUGCAGUCUGUAAGUUUUGCCCCUUUGUCGCCAUCUCUGUUUGAAACCUGCAAUUGCAGUUAUUUGCGGAAUUAUCGUCUUUAUGUGGGUUGUGCAUUGGCACGGCUCCACAGCGCGGAUAAAUCUGAUGUCUUGAGGUGAAUGUGUGGCUUCAGUCACCGCACUGGUGGAUACUGUGACCAAAAUAAGAAUUUUCACUGGAGAAUGUCAUCUGAACAAGUAAGUAACAAAUCUGCCACUUUUGUUCUGACCAACUUGAUAAAAAAAGCAUUACAAUAAAUCACACUACAAAUGGUGAUUAAAUCUAAUAAUUGCUUAGCUCAUAUCACAUCAAACCGUGCAAAUUAUUAUUAUGUAAUGUUAACAACAGCAUUGCGUGACUACAUGUAUUUAGUGUGUAUUAGCGUUACCUGUAGAUUUCAGUUUUUGUACUGUCUAAUCUCUAAUUGUCCAUUUGCCAUUUCCAGCUGCUGUGAGAAAAGGCUAUAAAUGAUCCGCCACCGGCAGCAUCCCUACAUGAUACAGCCUACUAGCUGGGACUCAUUCUUUAUGCAAACAGAUGUGACGUAAUGACGUAAAGAUAAACGGCGGCAUGCUCGAAUUUCCCACAGAAACCCACCAGUACUACCUGAAUUAAAACACAUUAUUACAUGCUUACCGUUGUGAAUCAUGCUAAGGUAAGGAAAUUGAUUUUGGAUCAUUUUUAACCAAAAAAAGCUACAGACAGCAGCUUUAAAUAAAAAUGUUAAAUUAAAAAGUCAAAGCCUGCUUGCACCGGACGUGCUGGUUUUGGCCUCAUCGCCGGCUGCAGUCAUGUCAAAUAUAAAACACCUGCUAAUGCACUCACAUUUGCGUAAAGUAGCGUUGUUGACAAGUUUGGGUGAGUAAAGGGCAAAACGCACAAGAUGUAACACCUUCCACACCCUGUAGAUGGCGAUAUCACUUCUUUUGCAGCAGAAAUAAACUGCUGCAGAAUAAGUUAGGUACCAUGCAAAAUGUAACGAGAAAUUUCAUUACAUAUAUUCAAGUACAUAUCCUUAUUUAAAAUGUAGCCAAGACAGUAAAAGUUGCUAAUAUCUUUGAUACUCAGUAAAACUACAAAGUAGCCAAAAAGAUACUUAAGUAGGCUACAGUAACUAAUUAAAUUUAUUCAAAUACUUAACAUCACUGUCUGUGACACAAUAUUCAGUAUAUAGAGAUUUAAUGUCUGUUAUUCUGUUAGUUGAAGAUAACAAGGAUCGUCGCUUGAAUAUUCAGGGCCCAGACAGAACUUUUUUUAUGGGAGCGUCCUCCCCCAUUUACUCUUAUCCAUGUCUUUACAUGUAUUACCCAUGUAAAGACAUGGCUAAUACAUUCCCAGUUGCAAAUGACAACUCUGAAGUUGUUAUUACAUGGACUUAAAUGUAAACUGCAAGCGUAUUCGCCCUAUUCAACUUAAAUACAAAUCUGAAAACCAAAUUUAGUUUCUCAUAAAGUAAAAACACUCUUUUAGUAGCUAAAAGCUAAUGUAAAGUUACUAAAUACACAAGAUUUUUUAAUACAUUCUUAAUUUUGAAAGAAACUACACCAACAUUGAAUCAUUACAGGUGGUUUGAUUUUAAGUUUAUACCUCAAUUAUUGCUAAUAUUCUUACCAAUGGAAUUUUUGUCCCUUGCAUUUUGCCUUUUCCCCUUUAUACCUUCUAAAUGUAAAACAGCUGAUGUUCUUUUCUCUCCUCCUGAAUGUGUCCGUGUCUAUAAUUACAACAUCUGAUUGGUUGACUCGCUUGGCAAGAGAAGGCCAAUCGUAGUGUUGGAAGCAUGUACUUGGCCCCAUGGGAUGCACCUUUUUUGUUUUUAAUUAUCAAGGUUGGGUUUAAAUUGUGGCCAGUUUCUCAGCGGUGGCACAGUCGGUGUACAGGGGUGUGUUGAGACUGUAGUUCACGAGGGGAUUGGCUCACCUUCCUCUUCCAGUCAGUCAGCUGCAGAGCUGAACUUCGAGGCCCAGUCGGCUGUCACAGGCUGCCUCUCUUCAGCGGUUCACGUCACCACAUCCUAACACAGGAAUCAGGAAGGUUAAGAAUGGCUCGUUUCAGAGGAUCUUCCAUCUUCCAUGUGUUGCUGCUAGCAACAUUAUUAUUACCAGAGCUUCUGUUGGCUGGCCCUGUGACCCAGCGUUUAAAAGGAGAUGAUGGAAGUGAUGAAAAGGCAGGCGUUGAAGCAAGCCCAAAGAGACUGAUCCGCAACAGGAGAAACAUCAGUUGGUACAAGCAGCACUCUGACUUCUGGAACUGGUACAAAUACUUCACUGAUAAUGGGAACCAAGAAGGAGUUGCAGAGCUGGAUCGCGUCUAUCUGGCGUACUUGCAGAACAAGAAUCGGGCUGAGGCACGUCGUUCCUACAAGAUGUACCUGCAGCACCUUGGCGACAUCUACAAGUCUUGUGCCGAGUCUGAUGACCCAAACUGUGUGGCCUCGUACACCAACAGACCCAAGCCCAAGGCUGAGCCUUCAGCACCUGCCCCAAUCAAGUCUUGUGACCCUUACAGAGACCCGUAUUGCAUGUACUCGAAGGGACACUCAUAUUACCCAUACCUGGCUCCGGCUCCAGCAGCUGUCAAAGCCCCUGCACCUGCUCCAGUGAAAGCCCCCGCUUACCUCCACACCCCUGUAGUGAAGGAUCCACGUUCUGGUUACUACUACCACUCUCCAUUGGUGCAACCCUUCCUGUCAGCUGAGCAGAGAGCCGAGUUGUUGCGCAUCUGUGACGCAGAAGAUGUUGAGUGUCUCCAGUACCACCUCCGUGCUGCUUACGGAUACAAGCCCGCUGCUGCCCUGGCCCCAUCCUACGCCCAUCUCGGCUGCGACCCUAAGACAGACCCUCACUGCGGCACCCAACUGGUCCAGAAGGCGCCGUCUGGUCUGUACCUGCGGUAUCCCCAUUGUGACCCUCGGGUUGACCCAUACUGUGCUUAUGCUGCUGCUCUGGCAUCUUCGCAGAACCUCGAAGCCCCAACUUCUGGUUUGGAGAGACCCUGCAACCCUCUCUAUGACGAUAACUGCAACCCUCUGACAGCCACAAAGUUUGGAAGCUUGGCCUCUGGAGAUCUAAAAGACGACCCCGCCUCUGAAGCCGGCGCCAUGCGGGCACCUCCAAGCCCUCGUCACGACCCUUAUGCCAUGUACCGAGAUGCAUCUGCUGGGGCUGACCUGCGAAGACACCUGCCUACACAGUUCCAACCUCCAAGGCACCAACCGGAGGAACCUCAACAUCCUUUGGGACCCCGCGGGAAGACCAAAGAGGGCUAUGACUGUUUCAUCGGGUAUGAUGAAGAGUGCUUCCCGCUGGGUUCCCAAAAUAACCCCCGUCCUGCUGUACACAGACAGCCGUCCUACCCGACCGAAGCCUACGAGCCACACCUUAAUGCUGAUGGAUCCAGAAAUGGGGUGAUCGAGCCUGAUCCCGACUGCGAUCCUGAGUACGACAGAAACUGCCGCUUGCGCCGCUAUGAACCUGAGGCGGCCAAACCCGCCAGUCCUUCACCUCAACAGGAGCAUCCAGACCAGAAACAAUCCCGCGAGGAGGUCCCCCGGUAUCGAGAAGAGUCCUACUCUGAGACCCCAGGCUAUGACCAGCAGCAAUACGAGCCCUACAUGAGCGGACAAGAGGAUCCAUAUGCAGGAUACGGCCCCCAGGAACCAGGAGCAACUAGUUUUCAGGAUGUCCUGAGAGGAUAUGGUGGUCGGUAUCCUGGCCAGGAUGACCACCGUGCCUACAAUGGAGACUACAGAAAUAAAUAAAUACCUGUGACAAUGUUUGCCAAGAAUAGUAGAUCAGGUCAGGAUGUGUGUUUUUUGUAGAUAAAUAUUGAAAUGCACACUUGUAGAAAAGGUGCACAUGUCAGUUUCACAGUAUUUCACAUGGUUCACACAAUAUUUUCGAGAGCUGCUGAAAUUUCCUAGCUCUGGAGUUUGACAGCACUUGUAUAGGGAAAAAAUUGUUUUGUUUCUUAUGACUUCUUGCUGACUCUUUUAGCCCAUGUAACCUGAUUUUGUGUUGCAGCUUCUCUAGGAGAUUGACUUGUAGACAGAGAGAGUGUUUUCUGCUCUGAGGAGCACUAUUCCUAGCUCUUCAUAUCUUUGUGGAGGGAAAAAUAAGCCAAACAAAGUGUAUAAAAGAUCAAUAGUAUACUUGAAUAUACUGUAAUCAUGAUCACCUGUCCCAUUGUGGAUAGAUUCACUGAACAAUCUCCAUUCAAAUUAAUAUUUAAUGAACUUAUGGGCCCUUGCUUUGUUUGUAUUCUUUUUUAAAUUGCCAAAUUGAUGCUUUGUGAUGUGUUUGCAUAUUUGUAAGAUGUUUUUCUUUGAAUGUUUCAAAUAAAAGCUUUUAAG